CGACCGAUACAAAUACGUUACCUGUUUACCUUUUCAGUUAUUUUAAAUAAAUAGAAAUAACAACUUUUAAACAUGACAACAUCAAAAAAACAUGGAAAUAAACUCCAAAAAUAUGUCGUGACAAAUGUUUCGAUUUCGGACCAGCCAAAUUUAAAAGGAGAUUGGUUGAACAUUUUUAUAUUGUUAUUGCUGUAUACAAUACAAGGGUUGCAAUUAGGCUUAACUAGUGCCAUACCGAUAUUUUUACAAAGUAACAAAAAUGUUUCUUACCAAGAUCAGGCCGUAUUUAGUUUAGUAACGUGGCCAUACACUUUGAAACUUUUGUGGGCUCCUUUAGUAGAUGCUUUCUACAUAAAAAAAAUAGGAAGACGAAAGUCUUGGCUUAUACCAGUGCAAUUUAUUAUGGGAUCAUUCUUCCUUUAUAUAGCUGACGACAUCAAAAACUUGUUACCCGAAACGGGAAAACCAAACAUAGAGAAACUAGUUUUCGUGUUUUUCAUCGCUACCUUCUUGGUGUCCACGCAAGAUAUAAUUGUUGACGGUUGGGCACUUACUAUGCUAAAAAAAAAUAACGUAGGAUACGCAUCAAUGUGCAAUACAACGGGUUUGGCAAUCGGUUCAAUGAUAGGUUCUGUAUGGUCUACUCUGUUGACAUCUAAAGACUUUUGCAACAAAUACCUGAGGACUACACCUGAUACGGGAGGAAUAGUGACCAUGGAACAAUUAUUAUACGUUUGGGGUAUUAUGUUUAUCUCUAUUACGACAUUAAUUGCUAUAUUCAAAAAAGAAAAGGAUUGUUCAUUAGAAGAUGACCACAUAAAGCUCAACACAUUUCAAAACUAUCGUCUUCUAUGGGACAUCUGCAAACUACCUAGUAUACAAAUAUUUGCCAUAGCAUUGUUAACAGUGAGGGUUGGAUUUGCUGCAACAGAUAGUGUAUCACCUUUAAAACUGAUUGAUGCAGGUGUAUCAAAAGACGACAUGAUGAUAAUAAAUACAUCUAUGUUCCUUGUGAAAAUUAUUUUGCCUCUCAUUAUUGCAAGAUAUACUUCAGGUCCAAAACCAAUGAGUCUAUACUUAAAAGCUACUCUAAUUAAAUUAAUUUGGAACCUUGCUUUUGUCAUGCUAAUUUAUUAUACACCAAAAUUGAUAAAAACGGAUGGUGUAAUAAAUAUUCCAAGUUAUUACUACGUGAUAUUAGUAAUUAUAUUAUUAAUACAAGAAAUCCUAAAUUAUACUAUGUUUGUGGCUUUAUUAGCUUUUUAUUCUCGAAUAAGCGACCCUCGUUUUGGUGGUACUUACAUGACAUUAUUGAAUACCCUCUCAAAUUUGGGUUUCGCAUGGUCAACUUUCGUAGUACUUGGAAUAGUCAAUUUGCUAACGUUCAAAGAAUGUUCAUUUGAUUCCAAGAAUGAUUGUUCUACACUUGAUCUCCAAAACAAGUGUACAACAGACGGAGGUGAUUGUAUUGUAACAGUGAACGGAUAUUACAUUGAAAUGGUGCUGUGUACUAUUUUUGGAAUCUUGUGGUAUAGUAUUUUUAAAAAUAUUCUAAAAAAUCUCCAAACGAAAUGCCCAUCUAAAUGGCUGGUGAACUAUGUGAAACAACCAAUUACAAAAAAUAGCAAAAAUGUAUUUACCAUUACUGUCACCUGAAACAUUUAGCUUGUUUAUUGUAUGAAAACAGGUAUUAUGUGUUUCUAUUGGGCAAUCGUUUUGUUUGUUCGUUCAAUAUUUACUCAGUAUUUUACUAUAUUAUUUUCACUACUUAUAAUAUUGGGCAUAUUGACAUUUUUUAAAAGAGUAGAUAUGGAUUUUUAAUUGUCCACAAACCCCAUUGAAAAAAAAAAAAUUGGUAAUUCUUGCAUUUACUUACAAGUACUAGUUUACUUUAAUAGUU